GGAUGGAAACCUGAUUGAAACCAUACCAACAGACAUCUUCAUAAAAACAUACAGUUUGAAUUACUUAUAUCUACAGGAAAAUCGAAUAAGAUGGAUUCCAGAUGACACAUUCAGUAACUUAUUCCUUCUUUUCUAUCUUGAUCUCCAUGACAAUCUGCUUGAGGUUAUUACUGAUAGAACCUUGUAUGGAUUAUCUUUCCUUUUUUACUUAGAUCUUUCUUAUAACAACAUCGAAGUCAUAUCACGGGCUGCAUUCUCUGAUCUGUUUGCAUUGGAUCUACUCGAUUUGAAGAACAACAGGAUCAAGAUAUUACCAGAGAUCAUUUUUAAAGAUUUACACAACCUAUUUUAUUUAUACCUGCAAGAUAAUAAUAUUGACGUUAUUCCGGAAGGAGCUUUUUCUGAAAUGAAGACAUUGAGAGUCCUAUUGUUGCAAAAUAACAACAUUACUGAAAUACCAGAUAAAGCAUUCAUCAACCUGUCUCGCCUUACAACUUUGAAUAUAUCAUCCAAUUCAAUCACAUAUUUGCAAAAUGGUGCGUUUCUGGGACAGGAAAACUUGGAAUAUUUAGACUUGGGAUACAACAAGAUCAAGAGUAUCGAAGCUGAAUCAUUUGCAAAUCUGAGUAACCUACUCUAUCUAUUUCUACUGGAUCUUGAUUUAGACACAAUUUCCUACGAAAUCAUGAACGAUCUAACUGGACUCAAAGCUCUGUCUACAUCUGACAACCGCCUCUGUUGUCUUCUCAGUCAUUCUGAAAACGUCACCUGUGCCAGGACUUCUCCACCCAGUCCCCUGGACACCUGCGGAAGCUUGUACCCAAGUACCGUCCUGCGAUUUGCCGGUUGGAUCAUCGGCCUCUCUUCUCUAUGUGGCAAUGUGUUCGUCUUAUUUCUGCGCGCCACCCAGAAACAGCGCAAGACUGUCCAGAACAUCCUCACAAUGAACCUAGCCGUCGCAGACUCCCUGAUGGGGGUUUAUAUGAUCAUUAUAACAUCUGCUGAUGUUUAUUUCAAUAGACUAUAUUUCCUAAGUGCCCCGCUCUGGAGAGAAUCCUUCCCUUGUAAAUUAUCCUCAUUUCUUGCAUUUUUCUCGAGCGAACUGUCCGUGUUCACACUGACCCUAAUCACCCUGGAUAGGUACAUCAACAUUGUUUAUCCCUUUGGUAAAUUCAAGAUGACUACCAAAGCUGCCAGCUUCGCCGUCGUAUUCAUAUGGUUCUUCACUCUCUUGUUUAGCUCGGUUCCAUUCCUUGUCGGAUAUAACGUACCCGGGUUCUAUGGACUAUCCGAUGUCUGCAUCGGUUUACCGCUACAUGUAGAACUCGGAGAGACUGGCAGACUGGACAUUGUCUGGGACGAGGCGCUGACUUCCGAAUACAUUGUAAAGUACGUGGUUACCGAUUACGACAGCAGGAAUGUCUGGGUAUUCUCAAUCGUAACCUUCAUCGGUUUGAACAUGGCACUUUUCCUGAUCAUCCUCAUUUGCUACGUCGUGAUGUUUGUGACCGUCAAACGCUCGUCGGAGUCCAUCCGGAACUCGACGAACAGAAAUCGCGAAAUCCAGAUCGCCCGAAAGAUGGCGUUUAUUGUUGGGACUGACUUCGCUUGUUGGAUGCCCAUCAUAGUUUUGGGUAUCUUGACGCAAACCGGACUCGUCGUUCUCCCGACCUCCUUAUAUGCUUGGACUGUAAUUUUCAUCAUCCCAAUCAACUCCUCUAUCAAUCCAGUCCUGUAUACCUUCAUUAACUACCUUGAAGGUAAUAAAACUAAACUGAAAACCCAUGAUUCUCUUCAGACCCGUUCUACUCGGUUAAGCAAGGAUGGAAAUGGGUUGCAUUUGAGUCGCUUAGGAUCAAACAGCUCAAAUGUAAAUUAAUUGGCAUUGUAGAAUACAAGAGUAGCAAUGUAUGUGGAAGAAAGGGAUGAACUCGGAGAGAAAAUACAAGUAAGCUACUAAACCUUACAUUUGAAUUGUAAAAAUAUCGACUAAUUACCAAUGAAAAUUUGUGUUAAAGCAAAUACCUAAUUAUUAGGAAAUAUAUAAAAAAAAUGAAAUAUUUGCGAAAUUUUUAAUAAAAUCAAUCAUGAUUAGAAAUUCUAAAAAUAGCGUACAUGAAAGUGUAAUAGUUAACCGCUUGUUUGGGAUCUAUUUUUCAUAAUAGGUGUGCACAAAUUACAUGGUUUACAGAUGGCCAAGUCAGUGCUGAUAAUUUACCUUAACCGGAUUUUCUUUUUUUUAAUUAAUUCCAUAAGAUUUGUCAUCUUUUUACUUACAAUUGGCGUAAAAUGUACAACAAGGUCAGUAGGUCACAACUAAGUCACUAACUAGUUGAAUUCAAAAGGGAUGGAGACAUAUCCCCACUUUUCGGAUCGGAGGAGGGACUGUACCAUCAUCACCCCACACUUUUCAAGACAUAAACGUUAUUUGCUUAAAUCAUCUAAAUGAUAAUUUCUACUGUUAGUAGAAAUUCCUACGUUUGGAAUAAAUGAAAAGGAUACACUCGCUGCAUCAUGAAAGAAUGAAUGAAUUCAUUAAGGAAUUGUACGAUGACAUUUACUUUAAAGUAUGGUCGUAUAUUUCAUCAUACAAAAACCAUAUCAUUUGUUAAAUACACUGGAGUGAAUGAGGGGGGGAUAUUUGUGGAAUUAGGGGAUAAUUAGUAAAGAAUUAUGCCUACCCCAAGAAAACAUUUUAAUUCUAUUAUUUAAAGGAAUUGUUCCAAUCGACAAUUCGGCAUCAUAAUGACACAUUCGUAUAGAAUUCAAAUGCAUAUGUAUUGCAAGUAUGAUGUUAAAAUUAAUACUUAUUUAUUUUCGAGAUAAAGAUAAGAUGUGACUUGGGUUUCAUUUUCUUUGUCUUUGAUGAAUGUGAUGCACAAAAACUUGACAUGUAGAACUGUAAAUGGAUAAGGUAGUGGUAUGGUUUACGUAAAAUGAUUUCUGCUAUUUUCUGAUUCUGAGACAUGCAGGGAAUAUUGAUUAAUCGCCAGAAAAGAUUAAGUAUCCUAAACUGAUAAUAUAAUCUUCGUUUUACAUCAGCUGAUCUGGCUGUAAUUUAUAUUACUGAAAUGUCUUUGUGAAUCUUCGUUUGUAUAUCAGCAUAUGAAAUUAUUUGUUUGUAAUGAUGUCGUAAAUUACUUUGUAUAUAUUUGCAACAGAAUUAGUCUAUAUUUGCAUGCCCAUUGAUUGCACGGCGUAAUUAUAAAGGCAUUUAUUGUUAGUAUCUAUCUUGACUAAGACGUUAUUUUUAUUGAGUGAGCGACAUGAUUUAUACAUGUAGCUAAUAGUACCAUGAUUUAUGUAAUAAGAUAAUUGUUGCAUGUAUUUUCCAUUUUAAAAUGAUCAUGAAACAUUUCUUUUAUAGUAGUAUUACUAUUUUUUAAUGUU